AUGGCGCCUCGCCAACAACGUCGUGCGACGCUCUCGUACUUGAGCGACGUGCUGCCGACCGCCCUGCCGCCCAUCUUUGAUCAAGCGCAGGGCACCACGGCCAACCACCGCAAGAACAUUGUCCAGCUGCGCAAGAUCCAAGACAAGUGUGCUGGUGUCACGGAGGAGACUCCCAAGGGAAUCAAACUUGUUGGAGAACGCGCGUUCAACGCCUUGUUUAUCGACAUGGUCAACCGCGUCCUCCCAGUCAAGAAAGGUGUCGCUGUCGCCGACCGCAUCGUCAAGUUUGUCGCCAGCUACGUCGCGUACACUACUGAACAGGAUUCCGCUUCCGAAGAUGAGGACGAUGGCACGUCGUCGCGCUUCGUUUCCAAGCUCCUCCGUCACCUCCUGUCCGGCAUGGAGGCCAAGGACAAGAACGUGCGGUUCCGCGUCACUCUCAUGACCGUGUCGCUCAUCAAUGGUCUCGGCGAGAUCGACCUUCUCGCCCGUGCCCGCGACAAGGAGUCGGCUGUCCGCAUCCAGGCCGCUCUCGGUCUGGCCAAGCUCCAGUCGGGUGAGGACGAGGACGAUCUGGAGGAGGGCCAAGAGUCGCUCGCCGAGGUUCUCCUCGACCUCCUCCGCUACGACCCGGCCGGAGAGGUCCGCCGUGCUGCACUGUACAACCUUCCCCGCACCCCGGCGACUCUCGCUGUCAUCCUGGCUCGUACACGCGACGUCGACCCCAUUCUCCGCCGCACCGUCUACCAGGGUAGCUUGAGCGCAGCUGGUCUUCCCGAUGCCCGUGUCCUCACUAUUGCACAGCGCGAGGAGGUUGUCCGCAACGGUCUUGGUGACCGUGACCCCAGCGUCCGCAAGGCCGCUGCCGCCAUGCUCGGAGGCUGGCUCGACCAAGCCGAGGGUAACCUUGUCGAGUUCCUUACUCGAUUCGACGUCGUUUCUUCCGAGGUGGCCGAGGACGCUCUCCUCUCCAUCUUCGUUACCCGCUCUGAGGUGUUUGAGCACGUCGAGUUUGGUGACGAGUGGUGGAACGAGCUUACGCCAGAGAAGGCGUUCCUCGCUCGCGUGUUCUCCGAGCACUGCAUUGCCAACAAGGACGAGGUACGCCUCGAGGAGACCAUGCCUGUUGUUACGGCUCUCGCGUUCAAGAUCCAGGACGAGUACAACAACCUGGUUACUUUGACGGUCGAGGGUAACGAGGACGUUCAGGACCAGGUGUUUAUUGUUGGCGAGCUCCUUCGCCUCGCUAUCACCUUGGACUAUGCCGACGAGAUUGGCCGUCGUAAGAUGUUCCAGCUCUCGCGCGAAAUGAUUGCCCAACCAAACCUUCCCGAGUCCCUCAUUCCUCGCUGCCUCGACGUUCUGAGCAAGAUUUCCAACGGCGAGCGUGACCUGAUCCGCCUUAUUGUCGACGUCGUCACCGAGCUUCGUGAAGGCGAUGGCGAGAUUGAAUUGUCCGAGGCGCCCACUCCCAGCCGCUCAACGUAUGGCGGUCCCUCCAGCCCUUCUCGCCGCGAGUCGCGCGUCGACCCCAACGACCCCGAGGCGGUCAUGCGCGCUGCUCUCAUCGACCUGCGCUGCCUGCUCAUCUGUAUCUCGCUCCUCGAGCGCGUCAACACUCCCCUUCAGGACAACUCGGUCUUCCACGGUCUUCUCCCCGACCUCAUCAUCCCAGCAGUCCGUAACAAGGACGAACCUGCCCUCCGUGACCAGGGCCUUGUUUGCCUCGGCCUGUGUUGCAUGAUCGACGAGAAGAUGGCGUCCAACAGUUUCGGCCUCUUCAUCCAGCAGCUGACCGCUGCCGACGACGAGCUCAAGGUCAAGGUCGUCCAGGUCAUCUUUGACUUGCUGAUGAUCCACGACAUUGAUAGUCUCAUUGUCAAGACAAUGCCGGCGGACCGUGUUGUCGAACUGGUUCGCCACAUGCUCGUCCAGGACGCACCAGAGGUUCAGGCGGCAGCAUGUGAGGGCGUUGCCAAGCUCAUGCUGGCCGGCAUGAUCCAAGACGAGACUGUGCUCCAGUCACUUGUGCUCCUCUACUUCUCGCCCGAGACGGCCGAUAACCAGCCACUUCGACAGUGCCUCACAUACUUCCUCCCUGUCUACUGCUACUCGUCGCCACUCAACCAGCGCCGCAUGCUUGACAUCUUCGGUGACACGUUUGCCAUGCUCUCCCAGCUGCGUGAAGAGUUUGAGGAUGCCACCGACCUCCUGCCUCUAUCCCAGAUGGGUCUCAUGAUGGUUGACUGGCUUGACCCUCACAAGGCUGUCGAGCGUGACGGGGCCGUGCCCGACCACGCCAUCCACCUGGACCUCGCCAUCGAACUUGUCAAGGGUCUCCUCACCGAGUCAUCACGUGAGGUGCGCAAGACCCUUGUUGGUUUCCUUGGCAAGCUCAACCUGCCCGAGAGCUUUGAGACGGACGCUUGGAAGACCAAGGCAGCGUUCCAGCUCAUCGGCGCCGUCAAGCAGAAGCGACCAUUGCCAGACACAAUGUCCCGCAACGCCUUGUCCCGUUUCGAGGCAUCCCUCGUUAAGCGGUACCCCGAGCUCGAGGGCUACGACGAGGAGGUGUUCCGCGGCGAGGGCGCCGAACACGAGGAGACGCAAGAACUGUUUGGCUUCAUUGAUGAUGUUGAGGAUAUGGUUGAAUCACCCGAGAAGCCUGGACGCCGAAGCAGCCGGGCACCAGCGUCACGGCGAGGUUCCUCGGUGGCGCCUAGCGAGCGGAGCGACGCAUCAGAAGGCGAGGCGACACCUGUGCGCCGACGUGCACCCCCACGCCCCGAGACUGUGGAAGAGGAAACGGAGGAGGAGGAGGAAGAGGAGAGUGAUGUGGAUGGUAUGCUCGGUACCGAUGACGAGUAG